AUGGUUAGGAAGAAACCUGUUUGUAAAGUCAAACCUGCUUUCGCGACUCGUUAUCGAUGCGAACUUGCGGUGCAGCUAUUCAAGAAACAAUUCAUAGAGGUGAAUGGUACAAGUGAUGAAGAGUCAGAGAAAAAAUACCAAGUUGAUGCUAAGAAGGAAAUUUCUAGUAAAAGAUUUGUACCAUGGGGUUCAUCAAGACCAGUGGUAAUUGGAAUAAGCAACCAUACGGAUACCCCAAGUGCUGAGAAAGACACUCCGGAGCCAAGUGUGACUCUGCCUGAAGGAAUAGAGCCUUUGGUGUUAUGGAAAUAUGAAGAAUCCGGAGAGGAGUGUGUGACUUCUAUCUUGAUAGUGGUAGAUCCGGUGCUUGUUCGUUUCCUCCGUCCUCAUCAACGUUUGGGGAAGACUUUACAGUCAAUCGCAUUACUGUAUACUCUUCUUCGGCAGGGAUUUGAUGGAGAGCCCAUGGCUAAAAAGGCAAUAAUUGUCACUCCUACCAGCCUUGUAAGUAAUUGGGAAUCUGAAAUUAAGAAAUGGGUCGGAGAUAGACUUCAACUUAUUGCUCUUUGUGAGAGCACUAGGGAUGAUGUUGUUUCUGGAUUAGACAGUUUCAUUAGACCGCACAGUCCAUAUCAGCUUAUCUAUAAUACGAUCAAAAGUGGGUUAGGAACGUCGGGAUUUGAGGAUUGCAUUUGCUUUUUUCCUCCUGCAAUGUUUUUUGGAAGAUCUGGAGCAUGGACUGGUGGUGAUGGGGUUUGGGUUGAACUUUUUGGGAAGAUGCAUGUUUUAGCUCGGUUGCUGGCCCAAUUGCGUAGCAAAACUGAUGACCGUAUUGUUCUUGUUUCCAACUAUACUCAGGUACAGAUGAGAGAAUUUGAAGGGAAUGUGGUCAAUGUGUGUAAACAUGGAAACAUGCCAGUAAUAAUGGAUUCCUUUGCAAAGGGUAAUUCCCAAGAAUAUUUGGAAAAUAAUACUUUUUGACUAAUUACAAAUAGUCGAAAGCAGCGGCAAGAAAAUUACUAUUAAUU